GCGGCGGCGGCGGCGGCGGCGCCCGGCAUGUAUCAGAGCCCGCGGCGGCUCUGCUCCGCCCUGCUGCAGAGGGACGCGCCCGGCCUGCGCCGCCCGCCCGGCCCGCCGCCGCGCCGCCGCUCGCCCGCGCCCGCCGCCGCCCCCCGCCUCGCUUCCCCCCGGCUCCUGGCGGCGGCCUCGGCGGCCCGCGGCGUCGCGAGGUCGUGCUCCCGAACAGCGUGUCCCAUGGGAAGCGGCACGAGCCGGCUCUACAGCGCUCUCACCAAGACCCUGGACGGCAGCUCCGCCUCCCAGCACCCAGAGUAUCUGGUGGCACCCGACCCGGAACAUCUGGAGCCCAUUGAUCCUAAAGAGCUCCUUGAGGAGUGCAGGGCCGUCCUGCACACUCGGCCUCCCCGCUUCCAGCGGGGUUUCGUGGAUCUGAGGGCCGAUGGCCCCAGUAGUAACCACGCACCUAUCCGGGUCAUGCAGUGGAACAUCCUUGCCCAAGCUCUUGGAGAAGGCAAAGACAACUUUGUACAGUGCCCCCUUGAAGCACUCAAGUGGGAAGAAAGGAAAUGUCUCAUCCUGGAAGAAAUCCUAGCCUACCAGCCCGAUAUACUGUGCCUCCAAGAGGUGGACCACUACUUUGACACCUUCCACCCCCUCCUCAGUAGACUGGGCUAUCAGGGCGCGUUUUUCCCCAAGCCCUGGUCACCUUGUCUGGAUGUGGAACACAACAAUGGACCAGAUGGCUGUGCCUUGUUUUUUCUCCAAAACCGAUUCAAGCUAGUCAACAGUGCCAACAUCAGGCUGACGGCCAUGACGUUGAAAACCAACCAGGUGGCCAUUGCCCAGACCCUAGAGUGCAAGGAGUCCAGCCGGCAGUUCUGCAUCGCCGUCACCCACCUAAAGGCUCGCACUGGCUGGGAGCGGUUUCGAUCGGCUCAAGGCUGUGACCUUCUCCAGAAGCUGCAGAGCUUCACCCAGGGAGCCAAGAUCCCCCUUAUCGUUUGUGGGGACUUCAACGCAGAGCCAACAGAGGAGGUCUACAGACACUUCGCAUCCUCCAGCCUCAACCUGAACAGCGCCUACAAGCUGCUGAGCGCGGAUGGGCAGUCGGAACCUCCGUACACGACCUGGAAGAUCCGGACCUCGGGUGAGUGCCGCCACACUCUGGAUUAUAUCUGGUAUUCCAAGCAUGCACUCAGCGUGAGGUCAGCCCUGGAUCUGCUCACCGAGGAGCAGAUUGGACCCAACCGACUACCGUCCUUCAAUUACCCUUCGGACCACCUGUCCCUAGUGUGUGACUUUAGCUUUAACGAGGAACCUUGAUGGACAUUUAUAAAUGCUUGUCUGUGUCUCUUUAAUCACAAGACUUAACCAGGGACGUUUCAGGAAGCUGAAAUAAGAGGUUGACUGAGGAAGGCUCCCCAGUUCCUCUCACUUCACUUUCCAUGUUUCCAGCAUGCCCUUGGGAAGGAACCCCAUUUGCUCACAAACCUUUUCCAUUAAAACCUACAGCGAAAAAGGUGUUUGCACUCCAGUUUUGGUUUGUAUUGUUUUCUUUCCCUUAGCAUUAAUUACAUUUUGAUCAUUUAAGGGCAUUAUAUUUGGCUUUGUUUGGAAGCUUUUUCAGUUUGAGGAUCCUAUAUUAAAAUAGACUUGCUCGAGUCCCCUGUAAUUAACAAGUAUGCAGGAACAAUUUCUCUAGACAACAUUUCGAGUUAUUUAUUUGUGGUUUUUAAAAAAUAUCAACAAGUUAUGCAUGGCAAUAUUUAUUUUUUUAUAUCUUCGUGUAAAAUUAAGUAAAUAAAUUAUAGCAUUAUGAACAUUUAAAAACCAUGCAAAACAUAAGUUAUAGAGUAAUUUAUAGUAAUCUUCUUAAAGCGUUAAAGAUGUUCUUACUUGGGGUCUAAUAAAAUAGUAGUGUACAAAGGAACUGUUUAGGCUGGAGGGGUUUUUGUUUGCUAUUUAAGUGGAAAUAUCAGUUCACCUUGAUACAUUCUUCACAAAUCCUUGCUGUGCCUCCGUGUCCCCCAUUAUUAUGUUUCUUGAAGAAAUUCCAUUUCUGGUUUUCCAUCGGAAUGCUAUCGGUGUACAUUUGCGGUCACUCAGAAGUGUCAUUAUAUGUAUUGAAUAUGCUUUGCACAGUAGGUUGUUUAGGAGCUGAUAUGUGGCAGUGGCUAAGUCAGUGGGACCUUCUUUUCAGAGAUGUUAAUGAGGCUAUCGUUGAGAUUUACUAAGAUAGCCAGAUGACUGGUUUAAAACAACUAGAAAGCAGAAUAUAGUUAGAAAGAUAACCUGGAAUUCUCUUCCCUCAGAAAUAAAAGUGGUAAAGAUAACAGGUGAAACCCCUUCCUAACAAAAAUCCCCCCAAAAAUAGCCCAUUGGUAAUAAAUGGAUAGAUAUUUUAACCCAUGAGUUGUAAAUAUUUAAGAUCAAUAAAUAAAUGGUCUUUAAAGCUA